CUUGUAUCCUUUUCGGUAGAUUCGACGAAAAUGCACCAUUCUCUUCAGUGACGAAAUUGUGCACGCUCAACCUCUCUCCCUAUUUAUACCCUCUCUCUCUGUCUCUCUCCUCUCUACCACAUUGUCACUGCAUUUCAUUUUUCUCGACACCUCAGGUUGCUGUGAUACUCUUUUUCUCUCAAUAGCACAAGAUGGCCGCAACAGCAGCUACAAACAUCUCUUCUACAUCAAUUGCAUCCUGCAAUGUGAAGGUAGGAAUGGUCCCAAAAAUGAAGCCGUCUGGUGUUCAGAUGAAAUCUACCCAUGAUUUUAGGAACUUCAGUGGUCUUAAAGCAGCAGCAUCUGUUAUCUGUGAAUCAGAGUCAUCGUUUUUCGGAAAGGAUGGCGUUGUUGCCCUGCGUAAUUCUUUUGAAACAAAAGCUGUGAAACAAAACAUCCAGUCUGUUGCCUGUUUACAACCUAAGGUUCAAGCAUCAUUUAAAGUGGCGGUUCUUGGAGCAGCUGGAGGGAUUGGUCAGCCAUUGUCACUCUUGGUCAAAAUGUCCCCGCUAGUCUCAGAUCUCCAUCUUUAUGAUAUUGCAAAUGUCAAGGGAGUUGCUGCUGACUUGAGCCACUGCAAUACACCCUCAGAGGUUUUAGCUUUUACUGGGCCGGAGCAGUUGGCAGAUGCCUUGAAAGGUGUGGACGUAGUUGUCAUCCCUGCUGGUGUUCCAAGGAAACCAGGAAUGACUCGAGAUGACCUCUUCAAUAUCAAUGCUGGCAUAGUGAAGACUUUAGUAGAAGCUGUUGCUGACAACUGCCCUGAUGCCUUUAUUCACAUAAUCAGCAACCCUGUGAAUUCAACUGUGCCAAUUGCUGCAGAGGUGCUGAAACAAAGGGGUGUUUAUAAUCCUAAGAAGCUUUUUGGUGUCACUACUCUAGAUGUUGUGAGGGCUAACACAUUUGUUGCACAAAAGAAGAAUUUAAAACUCAUUGAUGUAGAUGUGCCAGUGAUUGGUGGACAUGCUGGUAUAACCAUUUUGCCUCUGUUGUCUAGGACAAAACCCUCUGUGAGUUUCAGCAAUGAAGAAAUCGAAGAACUAACAGUAAGAAUCCAGAAUGCUGGAACAGAGGUUGUGGAAGCUAAAGCAGGGGCUGGUUCAGCGACACUGUCUAUGGCGUAUGCUGCUGCUAGAUUUGUGGAGUCUUCUCUACGUGCUCUUGACGGAGACUCAGACGUGUAUGAGUGCUCGUUUGUGCAAUCAGAGUUAACUGAAGUUCCAUUCUUUGCAUCAAGAAUAAAGCUGGGGAAGAAGGGAAUAGAAGCUUUUGUGAAUUCUGACAUGCAAGGACUGACUGACUAUGAGUCGAAGGGUCUUGAAGCUCUAAAGUCUGAGCUAAAAGCUAGCAUUGAGAAGGGUAUUGCUUUUGCUAACAAACAAGCAGUUAAUGCUUGAUCUUCCUUUCUAGGUAUGGAAAUGGAAAUGCUUAGAGUGAGUGAUAUGAUGUUAGACUUGGUUGUCGCUCUCAAUUUUGUAGAUUGAUAAGAGUUUGAUUCCCAUUUUGAAUAAAUUGUGCGGAGGCUCGAAUGUCCUGUGAUUUGUGUUGUGGGGAAAAUUCGUUGUUGUGUGUGAUCCUGGAAUUAUCUUGAGUAGUGUCACUGAAUACUUUGUUAGUUGGAGGAUGUUUUUGUUGGGAUGAGUUAGUUGGAGGAUAUGUUUUGUUGUGAAUCGUGAAGCUUCAUUUAAAUUUGAAUUACAUUUGGAUA